AUGUUUCAUGUAAUGCAGAGAGUUCUGCAGUCUGGACGAUCGUUUUUCACGUCUUUUGUGAGAAUGGUUGAAGUUGUACCCGUUGGAGCGCUAAGUGACAAUUAUAUGUAUAUUCUUGUAGAUGAGAAAACUAGAAAAGCCGCGGUUGUUGAUCCUGUGGAUGUCAAAGCUAUCAAAGCGGCUGUAAACUCUUUAAAGGUUCAAUUAGAGUGCGCUUUAGUCACCCAUCACCAUUGGGACCAUGCAGGCGGAACAAAAGAGCUACAAGGUCUUUAUGGUGGGAAAUUAAAGAUUUACGGCGGCGAUGACCGGAUUGAGUCGCUCACUAAUAAAGUCGCUGACAACCAGAAACUUCAGAUUGGGGACUUGGAUAUCUUGUGCAUGCACACUCCAUGUCAUACAACUGGGCACAUUUGUUACUACGUAACUGACAAGGCCGGAAAAAGCAUUGUAUUUACAGGAGAUACGCUGUUUAUUGCAGGCUGUGGCAGAUUUUUUGAGGGAAAUGCGGAACAGAUGGAUCGUGCCCUGAAUGAAAAACUUGGGAAGCUGCCACCUCACACGGAAGUUUAUUGUGGUCACGAGUAUACCGUAGACGACCUGAUAUUUGCUAGAAGUGUAGAACCGUCAAACAGUUCGGUCACGGAAAAAUUACAGUGGGCGAAGGCUCAAAGAGCGCAAAGUAAACCGACAGUUCCAUCCACUAUAGAGGACGAAAAACGCACAAACCCAUUCAUGCGGAUCAGAGGAGAAAGCAAAGAGCUGCAAGAACUCGCCGGUUCCCCUAUGGAACUCAUGGAUCUCCUUCGUAAAAAGAAAAACGCUUUCAAGGCGUGA